GCAAGCCUGGUCUGCGUCGGUUUGCUGACCCUGCUUGUCGUUCCCAGCUUUGGCGCAAACGAGCUGCAAUCCGUGGAGAAGCUCCUGAUUGUACGAGGUUUGCGCCUGCUGAGGUUGCUGAGGGCUUUAAGGAUGGUGAGCCAUUUCAAGAUCAUGUGGCGCCUCGUUCACGGUCUUCUCACGUCUGCUGAGACAAUUCUGGCUGUCACGCUACUUCUGCUGGUUUGUCUCUUCGUUGCUGCUUGUGUCGCGGUGGAGGUCAUCGCUAAGGACGAGGACCUUAAAAAACACGAUCAGCUCACGAUGUUUGUGAUCGACGAGUACUUCAGCAGCCUGAUGGUUGCCGUCAUGACGCUGAUGCAGUUUGUGACUAUGGACUCCCUGGCCACCAUCUACUUUCCACUUAUUGAAGCACGCCCUUAUUUGGUCUUGUUCUUCCUUCCGCUUCUGAUUUUCAUUUCGAUCGGCCUCAUGAACUUGGUGACAGCGGCCUUGGUCGAGAACGCCAUGAAGCACCAAGCCGAGCAGGAGGAGCAGCACAAGCUUCAGUUGAAGGCGAAGGUACGAGAGGCGAUGCCGACUUUGAUCAACAUAUUCCAGACGCUGGACAAGGACAACAGCGGCAAUGUUACGCAGGAGGAGCUUCGGCAUGUGCCUGUUGAUGUGCUGCCGCCCAAAGUCUUGCAAGCACUUUGCGCUGACACAUGGGAAGAGCUGUUCGAGUAUUUGGAUGUGGAUGGGACGGGAACACUCAGCCAGGCUGAGUUUGUUGAAGGGUUGCUGAACCUCUGCCUGCUGGACAUGCCCAUUGCGACAGUUCAGACUCUGAAGCUCCUUCAACUGAUCCGUGCCCACAUCGUCAACAUUGGCGAUCGCCUUGCAGCCUUCAAUGUUCAGCCCCAGCCAGUCGCAGCAUCGACCCAAAACCUUACGGGGAUGUGA